UUGGUUAUUUUCCAUUUUGUUCCUCAGAUUGAUAUACUUGAAGACCCUGUUAUUAAAAAUGUCAUCGUGCUGCAGACGGUUUUACAAGAAGUCAGGAAUCGGAGUGCACCAGUGUACAAGCGAGUUAGGGACAUGAUUGCGAACCCUGAAAAACAUUUCUAUUCCUUCACCAACGAACAUCAUCGGGAAACAUACAUAGAGCAAGAGCAAGGAGAAAGUUCUAACGACCGCAAUGACAGAGCCAUUCGGGUAGCAGUAAAAUGGUACAAUGAACAUUUGAAGAAAAUGAAAAAUGAGGAGGAGAUCCAAGUUAUCCUUCUAACAAAUGACAGGAAUAAUAAAGAGAAAGCUCUAGAGGAAGGGAUAACUACUUAUACAUGUGAAGAAUAUAUAAAAAGCUUGGUAGCUCAUCCUGAUCUUGUAGAUCGUCUUGCAUGCCUAUCUGAUGAAGGGAAAGAAAUAGAGAGUGGAAAAAUAAUUUUUCCAGAACAUCUUCCUCUUAGCAAGUUACAGCAAGGAAUAAAAUCUGGUGCUUACCUCCAAGGAUCCUAUAGAGCAAGCAGAGAAAAUUAUCUUGAAGCUACUGUUUGGAUUCAUGGAGAUGCUGAAGAAAACAGAGAGAUAAUUAUACAAGGACUUAAACAUUUAAAUCGAGCAGUUCAUGAAGAUAUUGUAGCUGUGGAGCUGUUGUCAAAGGAUGAAUGGGUAGCGCCAUCCUCAGUGGUCUUGCAAGAUGAUGACCAAAAUGAAGAUGACAUUGAAAACGAAGAGGAGAAAGAAAACAUUCUGAAGGCUUCUGUUAACAAGAACAUGCUGAGGCCUACAGGAAAGAUAGUGGGCAUUAUAAAGCGCAACUGGAGACCGUUUUGUGGCAUGCUGUCCAAAUCACCGAUCAAAGAGGCAAGGCGACAUUUGUUUACACCAGCUGAUCGCAGAAUUCCUCGCAUUCGGAUAGAAACCAGGCAAGCGGAUACGUUGGAAGGACAAAGAAUAAUUGUUGCAAUUGAUGGUUGGCCCCGGAAUUCCAGGUAUCCUAAUGGUCAUUUUGUAAAGAAGUUGGGAAAUGCUGGAGAUAAAGAGACGGAGACAGAGGUUCUUCUACUCGAACAUGAUGUUCCCCAUCAACCUUUCUCUCAGGCUGUCCUUAGUUUCCUACCAAAAAUGCCAUGGACCAUCACAGAAGAGGAUAUGAAGUACAGGGAGGACCUAAGGCAGCUGUGUGUUUGCAGUGUGGAUCCUCCUGGCUGUACAGAUAUUGAUGAUGCAUUGCAUUGUAGAGAACUAGAAAAUGGAAAUCUGGAGGUUGGCGUACAUAUUGCAGAUGUCAGUCAUUUCAUUCGACCAGGAAAUGCUUUGGAUGAGGAGUCAGCAAAAAGAGGAACAACAGUGUAUCUCUGUGAAAAAAGAAUUGAUAUGGUUCCAGAGUUACUUAGCUCCAACUUGUGUUCCUUGAGAUCUAAUGUAGACAGGCUUGCAUUUUCAUGUAUAUGGGAGAUGAACCAUAAGGCUGAAAUUCUGAAAACCAGAUUUACAAAGAGUGUUAUUAAUUCCAAGGCCUCUCUCACGUACGCAGAAGCCCAGAUGAGAAUUGACUCAGCAGCCCUGAACGAUGAUGUUACUACAAGCCUACGUGGACUGAACAAGUUAGCAAAAAUCCUGAAGAAGAAAAGAAUCGAUAAUGGAGCUCUGACACUUGCCUCCCCGGAAGUGCGUUUCCACAUGGACAGCGAAACUCACGAUCCCAUUGAUCUGCAGACCAAGGAGCUCAAGGAAACAAAUUCCAUGGUUGAAGAGUUCAUGUUGCUCGCCAAUAUCUCUGUAGCACAAAAAAUCUACGAUGAGUUCUCUGAGUUUGCCUUGCUCCGAAAACAUCCUGCGCCGCCCCCCUCAAACUAUGACAUUCUUGUGAAGGCAGCAAAGUCUAAGAAUUUGGAAAUCAAGACGGAUUCGGCCAAGGCGCUGGCGGAGUCUCUGGACAAAGCGGAGGCUCCUGCUUUCCCCUACCUGAACACGCUGCUGCGGAUUUUGACCACGCGCUGCAUGAUGCAGGCCGUGUACUUCUGCUCUGGCAUGGAGAGUGAUUUCCAUCACUACGGCCUGGCAUCACCCAUUUACACACACUUCACCUCGCCCAUUAGAAGGUACGCUGACAUUAUAGUCCAUCGCCUCCUGGCAGUGGCUAUAGGAGCAGACAGCACCUACCCAGACCUUACAGAUAAGCACAAACUAGCAGAGCUCUGCAAAAAUCUCAAUUACCGACACAAGAUGGCUCAAUAUGCCCAGAGAGCGUCCGUCGCCUUCCAUACACAGCUGUUCUUCAAAACUAAGGGAGUGGUGAAUGAAGACGCAUAUAUAUUAUUUGUAAGAAAGAAUGCAAUUGUGGUCCUGAUUCCCAGGUAUGGGUUAGAAGGAACGGUCUUUUUUGAAGAAAAAGAUAAACCAAGCCCAAAACUUGAUUACAACAGUGAGGUGCCAUCACUUACUGUGGAAGACACAACGCUCCAUAUAUUUGACAAAGUUAGGGUGAACAUUGUGUUAGAUGCUUCUAACAUCCAGCAUCAGAAGAUCCGCAUGAUAUUGGUAGAACCAAAGAUACUAGGAAAAGAUGUGCCUGCAGAUGCACCUACAGAGACAAGUAUCAGCAAUGAACCUGAAAAAAAGAAAAAGAAAUCACAAGAAUAA